CGACGACGCGCCUGCCGCUGGUUCCUCUCUCUCUCCUCCACACUCGCCGCCAUGCAAGCGCUCAAGUUCGCAACGCGGCCACUCACUCGCUCUCUCGUGCUCAAGCCGUCACCGUCGGCCGCACGCUGCUUCUCCGCCGGGCUGGCGUCGAUGCGUUCGGCGCACUUUCCCGAGUGGGCCUCAGAAGAGGCCGUCGCGAGCGCACAAGGCCUGCUGGCGCGCUUCCCGCUCGAGGGCGAGCCAGCCGCCUCGCAGACACAGCGGCUCGACGCCACGCAUCUCUUCCAGCAGCGCCUGCUGCUCUCCGACAUGGUGCCGCCGCAUGCGCCGCUCGUCGAUCCGGCAGAAGGCACGCCGCUGCUGCCGGGCGAGCAUCUCUGCUUCUUCCUGCCGCGCGCCCGCUCGGCCGAUCUCGGCGCCGACGGCUCAGACCGCACCUUCAAUCCGCCUGCGCCCUUUGUGCGGCGCAUGUGGGCCGGCGGCUCGAUGACGUGGAGCCGCGAGAACCCGCUGCUCGUCGGCGAGAAGGCCUACGAACACACGUGGGUCGAGGACGUGCAGGUGAAGCGCACGGCAAAGGGCGACGAGAUGCUCGUGGUGUGGGUGCGCAAGGAGCUCGGCAACGAGCGCGGGCCGAGCAUCGAGGAUCGCCGCAGCUGGCUCUUCCAGCGGCCGCUCCAGGACGGCGGCGGAGCACUGCCUCGGCCAGUGCAGUCGCAGCACGGCGAGCCGGCGCAGUCGGACAAGCUGGGCCUGGCAGCGGGCGCCACGGCCGUGCAGCAGACGCCCGCCACGCUCUUCCGCUACUCGGCGCUCACGUACAACGCACACGCCAUCCACCUCGAUGCGCAGUGGGCGCGCGAGCGCGAGGGCCACCCCACGACCGUCGUGCACGGGCCCAUGACGCUGGCGCUGCUGCUGCGCAAGUGGGGCGCCGAACACGCCGGAUGGCGCAUCGAGCACGACGGCCGCCUGCGCGGCGACGCCGGCAAGCUGGCGCGCGUCGAGUAUCGCGCCAAACGGCCGCUGUGGACGGGAGAGCGCUACUGGCUCGGCAAGGUAGAGGCUAGCUCGGGCAGCACGGACACGAUGCUCGCGGUCAAGGAGGACGGCACGGUGGUGAUGGAGGCCAUCAUCAGCCCGGCCUGAGCGGCUCGCACUGUCUCGUCACUCCGCUCGCCCUUGUCGCACGACACCCUGUGGAAUCAAU